AGUGAAAAACAAAGAGAAUAGCUUGGCUAUAUGGGUGAGGCACAGCGAGAUCCACCCCGGGGGGCUUGCACUAUAUCAUCUUUAUACAGAGGAAGUGUGCUGACGAGAGAAGGAUGGUGGGCGAUCCACCAGAAGAAGAAGAAGACGAAAAGAACAAAAGAAGGAAAAAAAAAAAACAAAGUGCGUGCUGACGUGGCAGCCGCGCGUCGAAUACUGCACGACGAGGAGUUGGAAAGGAGGAGAAGAAGAAGAAGUGGAGGAGGAGAAGAGGAGAAGAAGAGGAAGAAGAAGAGGAGGAGGAGAAGAGGAGGAGGAGAAGAAGAGGGGGGGGAGGAGAAGAAGAAGAAGUGGAGGAGAAGAGGAGGAGGAGGAGGAGGAGAAGAGGAGGAGGAGGAGGAGGAGGAGAAGAGGAGAAGAAGAGGAAGAAGAAGAGGAGGAGGAGAAGAGGAGGAGGAGGAGGAGGAGAAGAGGAGGAGGAGAAGAAGAAGAAGAAGAAGGAAAGAUGGCGAGGAGGAGGAAGAGGAGAAGAGGAGAAGGAGAAGAAGAAGAAGAAGAAAUGGCGAGGAGGAGGAGAAGAGGAGGAGAAGAAGAAGAAGAAGGAAAGAUGGCGAGGAGGAGGAGGAGAAGAAGAAGAAGGAAAGAUGGCGAGGAGAAGGAGGAGGAGAAGGAGAAGAUGACGAGGUUGAGAAGGAGAGAUGGAGGAGUUGGAAAGGAGGAGAAGAAGAAGAAGUGGAGGAGGAGAAGAGGAGGAGAAGAAGAGGAAGAAGAAGAGGAGGAGAAGAGGAGGAGGAGGAGAAGAGGAGGAGAAGAAGAGGAAGAAGAAGAGGAGGAGGAGAAGAGUUGGAGGAGGAGGAGAAGAGGAGGAGAAGAAGAGGAGGAAAAAGAGGAGGAGGAGAAGAAUUGGAGGAGGAGGAGGAGAAGAAGAAGAAGAAGGAAAGAUGGCGAGGAGGAGGAGGAGGAGAAGAGGAGGAGGAGAAGAAGAAGAAGAAGGAAAGAUGGCGAGGAGGAGGAGGAGGAGAAGAGGAGGAAGAGAAGAAGAAGAAGAAGAAGGAAAGAUGGCGAGGAGGAGGAGAAGGGGAGGAGGAGAAGGGGAGGAGGAGAAGAAGGAGAAGGAAAGAUGGCGAGGAGAAGGAGGAGGAGAAGGAGAAGAUGACGAGGGUGAGGAGGCGUAGGAGAACAAGAAGAAGAAGAAGAAGAAGAAGAAUAGAAGAAAAGACAAAAAAAAAAAGAAAAAAAAAAGUGCGUGCUGACGUGGCAGCCGCGCGUGGAAUACUGCACGACGAGGAGGAGUUGGAAAGGAGGAGACGAAGAAGAAGUGGAGGAGGAGAAGAGGAGGAGAAGAAGAGGACGAAGAAGAGGAGGAGGAGAAGAGGAGGAGGAGGAGGAGGAGAAGAGGAGGAGAAGAAGAGGAAGAAGAAGAGGAGGAGAAGAAUUGGAGGAGGAGGAGAAGAGGAGGAGGAGAAGAAGAAGAAGAAGAAGGGAAGAUGGCGAGGAGGAGGAGGAGGAGAAGAGGAGGAGGAGAAGAAGAAGAAGAAGAAGAAGGAAAGAUGGCGAGGAGGAGGAGGAGGAGAAGAAGAAGAAGAAGGAAAGAUGGCGAGGAGGAGGAGGAGGAGGAGAAGAAGAAGGAAAGAUGGCGAGGAGAAGGAUGAGGAGAAGGAUAAGAGGACGAGGAGGAGGAGGAGGACGAGAAGAGGCGGCGACGACAUUGGAGCUCCGACGAUGGAGAACAACGGGCAGCACGGACGACAACGGGUGGGGAGUCUAGGGACUCGUCACUCGGGAGUGGGGCGACGUCAACAACGGGCAGGGAUUGUGGAACAGUGAGGGGAGCCAAUGCAAACGGGCGUGAGGCAUUGGGCAACGUUUUCAAAAUUGCCAUUGAAUAUU